AUGAGGCUACUCUUGAUCAUUGCAGUUCUGUUGCUCCAGAAGGCCACAGUAACUGAACAACUUAAGAAAUGCUGGGGUGAAUAUAUACAAGGACACUGCAGGAAAAUUUGCAAAGUAACUGAAAUACGUAGAGUGCUAUGUGAAAAUGGGAGAUAUUGUUGCCUCAAUAUCUUGGAAUUGGAAGAACGUAAAAAAAUUACGAAGCCACCUCGUCCAAAGCCACCGACAUUUGCAUACACAUUUCCUCAAAAUGAGUAUAUGUACACGGAAAAUUGGAGCCCUUUAAAGUCUGGAGAAAAUGUAAAGAACCUCGGAAUUGGUCUGAAUUGCAGUGUAAGAACUAGGACAAGGAAUGUACAAGAUAAGCCUGAAGUGUCUUAUAAUGUCAGGAAGUAA